CUGAGCAACACACACACACACAUACAGCAGGCUGACAGUAGCCAAGCAGCGGCCACCGAGACACGCACACACACGGACCGAGUCUCUGGAUGCAGCCACAAGAAGGACCUCAUUAACAUUUUGGGAGUAAAUGCAUUUUCGUCAUCAGUAGUUGUGUUUUUUUUUUUUUUUUUAAUUACAUGAUUCGAGUCACGAGCCGUGCGCGCAUUCCUCAGCAGGAUUUGCGCAUCUCCAAUUGCAGAUUGUUUUCUGCUCUCCGCAAGAGCGUUGUUUUAAUUCCUCUGCCCAGCAGUAAGCUCUCAUAGUCAUGCUCGUGCGGCGACUGGCGAAGCUUUUCUUCUGAAAUUCUUGCAUUUAAAAAAAUGGAACAACAGCUCUCCAAACCAGAAUGCAAAAACAUGGACGCGUGUCUGAGGCGACUAAAGCAAGAACUGCUGUGUAUGAAAGAAGCCGGAGAUGGCCUCCACGCUCAGAUGAAUUCAAUGAUGGGAGCCCUCCAGGAACUCAAGCUCCUUCAGGUUCAGACAGCGCUAGAAAACCUCGACAUUUCAGGUCGGCCCAUUAACCGAGGACUCCCACAACCAUCUCCUCUUGAAGCAUCGGCUACAGCGGCUUCCACCUCAUUCAAGGAUCACGGGUCCUGCUUUAGCCAGACCAUGCCCGAUGAGCCCAGCCCGAGCCCAACGCAGAGUCCAAGGCCAUCUCUGGAGAGCAGAAACGCCUUCAGCCGAGAUGACAGGACCUUGUCUCGAAACAGAAGCAGCUUGGGAACCUCGUCUUCUUCAGCAUCCAGCCUUGAGAGUGAGAGCAAGGGUAGUGGAAGAAGCGCACGAAGCGAGAAUGACCUUGAGUCUAUACCCAAGAGGUGGUCAGGGUACUCCGCUCCGCAGGUGGAUUUCUACGGACCAAUGGUGGGAAACCUUCCACCGGAAACCUACGCUCAGCCACAGGCUCCCCGUCGUGCUCAGGCAGUGGACCUGUCUGGGAUCCUGUACAGCCUCUCCAGAGAAGGCCCCUCAUUGGACAGUGACUACUCCCAGGACAGCACAGAUGACGCCAGCGACUGGACUUCUUCGCUCAUGAGUCGCAGCCGCAACCGUCAGCCCUUAGUGCUGGGCGACAACGUCUUUGCCGACCUCGUGGGCAACUGGCUGGAUCUGCCAGAGGUGGAGAGGGAGGAGGGGGAAGAAGAGGAGAUGAGGAAGAGAAGAGAGGAGAGGAUAGCGGACGGAGGGGCGGACAGACCGGACACCCCAGCUCACCCUCUCCGCCUCAGCCGCUCGCAGGAAAUCUGCAAGAAGUUCUCGUUAACCACAAACAUCUUCAAGAAGUUCCUGCGCAGUGUCCGACCCGACAGGGACAAGCUGCUCAAGGAGAGGCCCGGCUGGAUGGCUCCGGAGCUGCCAGAGGGAGACCUCUUCAAAAGGCCAAAGAAAGUGGCGCCCAAAAGUUCAAAAGGCAGCUUCUACCUGCCCUUCUGGGCAAACGGACAGCAGGGCAAAGGCAGGCCGUGUUCUCAUCUAGAUGAAGCAGAGAGGAACCACCAACACCACUUCCCUCAGGUCCACCAGCAGCCAUUUGCUGGGAUGUAUUUAGACAGGAGACAGCCAGAGACUGGUCUGGAGAAAAUGCAGCCCUUGUUUGACUACAACACAGCUGUGUGGGUUUGACAGUGAGUCUCGGGCCAACAGACUGCCAGUGAUGCCAAACUGAGCAAGUGACAGGUGCUGGUGGGAUUUGGGCUUUGCUGGAAGGGGAUUGAAUGGAUGAAUGAAUGAAAGAGAGGCUUGGAUACAGUUAUCUUCCAAAAAUGAACCAAUGAACUUUACACCCACAACGAGAUUAUCAGGGCAACAUUUUGUCUGACAAUCCUAAAAACCCAAACCUUGGUUGUUGUGUGCAUCUGGGUGGCUGAGUGUGUGCUGGAGUGUCUGAAACAGAGUUAGAUCGAGACAUUUUUUGAAGACUUAUGCUGCAAGUUUGUAUUAUUCAUCUUAUAUGUGUGUGUGUGUGCGUGUGUGUGUGUGUGUGUGUGUGUGUGUGUGUGUGUGUGUGUGACUGGGGUCUCUGGAUGUCCUACAAGACGGUACUUUAAAACGGACAUCUUUCUCAGAAUGUCUCCAUCAUUACAGGUCUUUAUAAAAUAAUCCACUGGCUUUUUCACUGCUAUGCUGCAGGACUCUAUAUCUCACUUCUUUGCAUCUAUGAAUAGAAACACCAACUGGUAGAUUGCAUGGUUACCAUUUUUAUAAGCGAUGCCUCAAACAGCUGUUACUGAACGCACUGCCACUAAACACUCUCACGCUCACUUUUGUUUCCAACAGGCCUUGGCGCCUUGGAAACUCAGGUUUAACUGAACCCGUCUCAUUCACCUUGCUCAGGGAAUGAAUGUUACACAAGAGUUAACUAUGAGACACUUCCGCAUUUAAAUGGGCUUCAAACACAGUAGAGAAGUCUUGCCUCAUCUCUUCUUGCCUGGAAAGACGUAACAGCAUUACAGUGCAUGUCUAGUUCAAAGAUUGCACAUAGUAGUGAUCAGCAAUGUUUGGCUGGUAGUUAUGUUAGAAAUGCUUGUUUUUCUUCUCUGCCAUGCAGACAUGGCACAUGUUGGGUCAACUGUCAGUCCGCAGAGAGACAACGGGGUAAAGAUGGCAGAGCCAACCAUGAGUAAUGGCUGACUGACUGCCAUCUGGUACCGGUCGUUAUGUAAAGCUUGUUCGCCACAGCCUUCAAAGGAGAUCCAAAACUGGCUUGUUUAAUCCCAAAGCUUUGAGCAUGAACUGAAUUAUUACGAUGAUGUUACAUAUAUAUAUAUAUACAUAUACAUAUAUAUGUAUAUAUAUAUAUACUAUAUGAAUACAUCACAGAGCUGUAACAGUGAUGAGACAGUUGAAAGUGGAGGUAAAGACCUGUAAUCUCUAUCAGACAGGAUCAAUGUACAGAACAUUGUACAUAUUUAUCAUCAUCCAAACAUCAGCAAUAAGGAACAUUUACUGCUAAAUCAAAUCGCAUGGUUUUCAUAAUUCUGCACAAAUAAAACAGUCGCACAAACAUUACAACAAAAAACAACACCACGCAUGUAUUUUAACAACAAACUGAUGAGUUAAUCUUACAAUAUUUAUUCUCUUGUAUCAUAAACAGUUUCAGUGUUUUGUUUCUUUUUACUUCAAGCAGCAUCAUAACAAGGAAAAACAAACUACAGCUUCCUUCACAAAUUGACAUAAAUAUCAGGAUUCCCUCAGGAUAAUAGAUGACACUGCCCGCUCAAACUCAAAAUCCUUUGUUUCUAUAGAGGACCACUGUUAUGCAAGGACAAUCUGAUACUCUAACUUCUUACUAUUGUAAAAAAAAAAAACAGUUCAUUUCACUCUUAAAUGGGAUCCCAGACCAAUCAAUUUAGCCAGCAGGGAUUAGGCCUUAGGUCUUUUGAGUGUCUUGGCGAGUCGAUCCAUAUGGUGUUGUCUCAGUAUUCAGGUCAAUACAUACUGUACAUUGAGACGGUCCAACACACACACAAAGACAUUUCUGCUGAGAAAAUUGUGCUAAGAUGAGGCACAGUCUGAGAUGUCUCAUCAUACAGUAUGUGUAUGUAAAUGUUACAUUUAUUUCUUCCUAUUUACAGUCGUCUACGUGUCAUUUUCAGCACUGUUGUUGAUAUUUUUCAUCAGGGUUCUGCGAACCUUCAGUAGUGAUUCGGUGUCAUGUGCACUGUAAAACCGUCAGUGACUCUUUGUAAAUUAAAUCUGUUUUCAGAAAGAAACGUUACUCUGUGUCUUGACUUGUGUAUCAAAUGGUGACUCUGUUAUUGCUGUUAGUUGUGUUCGUGCAGAGCUGAUACUUUCCAGCAAAGCAUGAGACAAACAGCAAGGUUGAAUCUUUUUAUUUAGAUUUCUAGACAUAAUGUGAAAUCAAAAAUAGUAAAAUUGAUUUUAAAAAGAAAAAAUAAAUGAAUAAGUAAAAAUAUCAGACUCUAGUCACCAGCUCUUGCUUUCAGCCGUAGCUCUCAGUCUUGAUUUUUUUUUCUACAGUAAAGUGCGGCUGCAUGACUAACAGGUUCACUGAGGCCAGAGCCAGCAAGUCACUCACUGCCUGUGCCUCAACGGUGCUCUAAAUUGAUUCUAAAUCUGUACAAGAACUCCAUCAGGGUCUUCAAUAAAUAAACAAGAGCAACAUGAACUCUGCAGCCUUGCAGUUUAUCACCGGCUCUUCGUGACACUCAAUCCCUCGGAUGUUUUUUAUGAGAUACACAUCAAACCACAUCAAUCAGUUCAUCUUUCUGUCCCCCAGCACUUCGUCCAAGAAAAGCAAGCAAUACCUACUGCAGAGUAAAACAUAUCUGCUCUACAAUGUAGAAUUAACUCCAUAGCAUGAUAUUCUGUGACUCUCUUAGAGCUGAAGCAAUUAAUCCAUUAAUUGACUAGUCAAUGAAUAGAAAACUCAACAACUAUGUUUAUAAUAACUUAAUCGUUUAAGUAUUUUUAUAUAUUCUGCUAAUCUGCUUUAUUUAAUUGUAAUCAAAAUAUCUCUCUUGACUCACGACUAGUUUGCAUACUACUUUAUUUUAUUGUAUGGUUGUUAAUUGGACAGAACAGGCUUUUCUUUCUGUGUCAAGUGUCUGAGACAAACUCAAAAAACGCAAAUAAAUGAAUAUUGAGGCCAAAAACAAAGAUGCGCUCAAAACAAUGCUUUCCCUGUUACACUUUGCAGGGUUUGUAGAAACUGGUGUUACUGUAACAUCACUGUUUUUAACUGAGACUCAUGAAUUAAUUAAUCAAUUAGUCAAGUGACUAGUUCCAACUAAACAACCAAAUAGAGGAUAUUUUCAUUACAGACUGUAUAAUUCAUCAAUUACUCAAAACAACAAUAACCAUGUUGAUUUGUAGUGGAGGUAAUAGCAGCCCAAAUGCGAGAGUGAAAAGCCAGAACUAUAACGUCAUAUUAGGAAACUUACAUUACGUGUAAGUGUAACAUUUGCUCUUCAUCUGCUGCCAAAUGUGUUCAGAUCACUAUUCUCCCAGCUUUAACACCAUCUCACAGGAACACUUUAUAACUUUACAUAACACUCCACGAUCAGGUCAGUGAGCAUUCAAGAUUAAAAAAAGAGCUAAGAAUAAUCUGUGUGUGGAGGGGUGGGGGGGUAAUAACAGCUGCAACUGUAGUCCUUUCUCUUCUGGCUCAGUUUCCCCCGGGAUCCCAGCAGUGGACGCUGACUGCUGUCUGA